AUGAAUCGCGUGAGACUGACGAAUGCAUCGGAUGACGCUCGGCGACGCAGUGAUGGCGAUGGAAAGGCGACAAACGGCGGCGGCGUUUCGGACGUCGCGCGCUUGGCGCUGAGCGCGGAGGCGUCGAUUCAACGAGGAAACGGCGGUGGUGGGCGCGCGCGAAGGCAACUCGAUGUUGAAUUUGGUGAGUUGGACGUCCAAGCACUUCAAGAUGAUCGAUACGUCUUGCAAAACAUGUACGACGAGUUUGAUGAUUCCGUCAUCGGCGUCGAAGAGCAAGGCUCGUAUCCACGUCGAGGAGGGGCGUCGCGAGGGGACGGUCACGAGGAUUCUGCGUCUAAACGUUCGAGCACGACUGGCGCGAGCGUCGAAUGGACGAAAGGUUACACGAAGACUCUGAAGAACUUCGAUGCGGAUUCUCCUCGCGUGGGCACGCGUAGCGCUCGCGCGCCGCGCGGCGGCGUGGAGGCAUCCAAGGCUGUCGUAGCGAAGCGCGGCGUCGCGACGGCGAAGAACUCCAGUCUGGCAUCUAACGCGAGUGCCAUGAAGAAUGCCAGUGCGUGCCGAGAGUUCGUUGCGAGUAAGAAGUGCAACUGCAAGAAGAGCAAAUGUCUCAAGUUGUACUGCGAAUGCUUCGCCGCCGGCGCCUUUUGCAAGGAUUGCUCUUGUCAGCAGUGCCAAAACACGACGGAGAACGAGGCUAUCGUGACGAAGACGAGACAGCAGAUUGAGCAGCGCAACCCGUAUGCGUUCGAGAGCAAAAUCAUGGCUGAUGCAGGCGACGAUGCGCGUCACACCAAGGGUUGCCAUUGCAAAAAGAGCGCGUGCUUGAAGAAGUAUUGUGAGUGCUUCCAGGCGGGCGUCAAGUGCCAAGAUUACUGCAAGUGCGAAGGUUGCAAGAACAACGACAACGGUCCUUCCCCCGCGCUUCCACGAGGUGGAGCCGCGAAGGCGUCGAAAGUCUCCAAAUCUAAAGCGCGCUCGCGAGAGACCGUCGCUGCAACGACGAUGGCGGCCAAGGAGUUGCAAGAUGACCUCAUAAUAGAGGAUUUCAAGUUGACGGGGGUGAUGGGGUCGCCGCUUCGAGCGUUUGAGCAUACCGACGACUUAUCGAGUGAAUACUCGAACUUGAGCAAGUCUGUGGAGCAGUCACCGCUGCGAACUCUUCUACUUUCCGAAGGCGUUCAACUCUCGCCCUUCUUCUCUACGAGCUCACUUCCCGCGACUGCGUUGUCUCCUCUUCGCGCCGGACAGAUGUCUCCGCUUCGUCCAACGCCAUCCCACGGUUUCAUGUCUCCGCUCACGCCGGGCAUGCGUCCGGGCAAGUACAGCAUUCGGUCUUCGUCAUCUCGCGGUAAAGCGCCCGUACCGCUCUUCAACGAGGAUAGCGGCCACGGUGGUGAGUUCAAGACGCCGCGAGACAGAAAGACGAACACUGUCUUCGGCGGCAUGCACGACGCUGCGAAGGACGGUCCGUUGCGAGCCACGUUCACUUCACCCAUUCCGCUCAGCACGCCUGACGUGUACGAGUAAAUCUUUAAGUAUUCGCUGACGCGAGUAUCAUUCUGUGCGCAUCCAAGAUUGCUCCGCUCAAUUUGCGUUUCGCGACGAGCGACGCCGCUCGACGAGCUCGGCGACGCUUCGCUUUCUGCUUAUUCUGUUCGCGAUCGACGGCACGAUAGCUAGUAUAGUCACACCGACACACUCACACAUGUAACAUACCCUUUUUUGAUUACUUAAA